AUGGCGAUAAACGACACUCCCUUCCCUAAUGGCACGACACCGUCAAGCACUGCUUCCUCUGUGGAGAAUCCUCAGAAUUUCACUGUAAAAGCAGGCCUCGCAAAGAUGCUAAAGGGCGGAGUCAUAAUGGACGUGGUGAAUGCGGAGCAGGCACAAAUAGCAGAAGAAGCUGGAGCAUGUGCAGUCAUGGCUCUUGAACGGGUCCCAGCAGACAUUCGUGCUCAGGGUGGAGUCGCCCGUAUGUCAGACCCACAGAUGAUCAAGCAAAUCAUGGAUACUGUCACGAUUCCAGUUAUGGCAAAGGCAAGGAUAGGGCAUUUUGUAGAGUGCCAGAUAUUGGAAGCAAUAGGCGUUGACUAUAUCGAUGAGAGCGAGGUCUUGACGCCCGCAGAUACGGUACAUCACGUCGAGAAGCAUCCGUAUAAGGUGCCAUUUGUGUGUGGAUGUCGAAAUCUUGGGGAGGCUUUGAGGAGGAUCGAUGAGGGCGCAGCGAUGAUCCGGACAAAGGGGGAGGCAGGGACUGGAGACGUCGUUGAAGCUGUGAAGCAUAUGCGAACUGUCAAUGCGGAGAUCAAUAAAGCGAAGAGUAUGAGCGAUAUGGAGCUGAGGGUAUACGCAAAGGAGCUGAACGCGCCUUUCCACCUUUUAAAAGACGCCGCUCAGCUAGGACGUCUCCCGGUGGUCAAUUUUGCGGCUGGGGGGAUUGCAACACCAGCGGAUGCUGCUUUGAUGAUGCAACUGGGGUGUGAUGGUGUAUUUGUUGGUAGUGGAAUCUUCAAGUCAGGGGAUGCGGCGAAGCGCGCCCGAGCCAUUGUUCAAGCUGUAACCCAUUUCAAGGAUGCAAAAGUUCUUGCGGAGGUAAGCGAGAAUCUUGGAGAAGCUAUGGUUGGAUUGACAGUUGGGAAGUUGGAGAAGAGCGAGAGACUGGCGGUGCGAGGAUGGUGA